CUCGUCCGUCUUCAAAGUUCGAUCAAGUCCAUCUUCAACUCCUUUUCUUCACCACUUCUCCCACUUCACUCAUCGGUCUCUCGUCCUACCUCGGUUCCCUCACGCACAAAUUGACUCCGACCGAUUCUUCACCAGAAAGGCCUGCAAAAUGCCUCGUUCUCGUGGAGGUGCUUCCCGACCUGCUCCGUCGCGACCGACAGCUCCGGCUGCAGUUCCUCGGUCUGUCGCGCCACAGCAGCAACAACGGCCUAUGACUACCACUGCCCCGACUGCACCCGUUCAACACGCCCCCCCUCCUGUUCAAGCAUCGCAGGGUCCCGGCCUCUUUGGCCAGAUGGCCAGCACUGCAGCUGGCGUCGCAGUCGGAUCCUCAAUCGGCCAUGCCAUCGGUGGCUUCUUCAGCGGCAGCGGUGGCUCCUCCUCUGCGCCAGCGGAGCAACAACAGCAACCCACCGACGCCUACGCCCGAACCGGCGAUGCCAUGCCCAACGCCCUGUAUAGUCAAUCGAACUCGGCCGCCGAGGCCACGGGCCCCUGCGCGGCCGACAUCAAGAGCUUCACCGACUGCAUGAACCAAAACCAAGGGAACCUGACCAUUUGCGGUUGGUACAUGGAGCAGCUCAAGGCCUGCCAGCAGGCUGCGAGGCAAUACUGAGAAUGGCCUCUGUGACCCUGAUUUCGUAUCCAAAAAUAAUGGGGAGAGAUAGACCAAGAGAUAUACGCAUCGACGUGAGGACGUCAUUGUAAAUAGGCAUAUGGGUGGGACUCUCUGAAAGGAUUGAAUUCAGGAGAGAGAAAGGUCGAAAAAAAUGUCCCUUGCAUUGGCAUAGCGUGGAGCAUGUUCGAUUAGAAUCCUGUGGAAGACGCCCAUCCUUCCCUUGAAAAAUGAUAUCAAAAUCUCUCCACUCAGAAGGACAUUGUAUUGUUUCGGUCUAUGCGCUUCACCAAAGGGGAUCAUUCUGCUGCAGAGAAGGGGGUGGUCGUCCUUGAUCGCCGAGGCGCAGCUUUACUCUCACCUUGGCCCAGGGUCACUUCACUCACGAUAGACACGGUACGGCCAUCCUUUAUGAGAGGACUGGCUCACUUUGAGGGCUUUGCGGUCCGCACUCACCAGAGGAGGACCGAUCGCCGCUGUCGUUCACUGACGAGAAAAUAGGGUGGUCCCCUUUCCGGGGUUUCUGGAGGAGGCACCGUCAAGGUACCUGGAGACUUCCGGGUCUGGGUUGUUCUCUUUCGGUGUGGCCAUGGCUC